AUGGCACUUCUACUUUUCCGAGGCAACAGGGACAUGUCUGUAAAGCUGGAGUUGCUAAGUGGCUACGUUCACUUAACCAUUCAAGUCAAUAAUCAGUCAAAGGUGCUUCUGUACAUUUCCCACAACACCAGUGAUGGAGAGUGGCAUUCAGUGGAGGUAAUAUUUGCAGAGUCUGUGACCCUUCACUUAAUCGAUGCCUCUUGUAACGAGCAAUGCAUUGCUAAGGCUCCUUCUCCAUUUGGAAGCGAUCAAUCGAUAUGUGCUUUUCGGAACUCCUUUUUGGGUGGCUUACCAGUGGGAACCACCAGCAACAGUGCUGCUCUGCUUAACGUCUAUAAUAUACCAUCCACACCUUCGUUUGUGGGCUGUCUCCAAGAUAUUAAAAUUGACCUGAAUCACAUUACCCUGGAGGACAUUUCAUCUGGCUCGUCAUUAAACGUCAAGGCAGGUUGUGUGAGAAAGGAUUGGUGUGAAAGCCAACCUUGUCAAAACAGAGGACGCUGCAUCAACUUGUGGCUGGGCUAUGAGUGUGACUGCUACAGACCCUACAAAGGCCCAAACUGUCUGAGAGAGUAUGUGGCAGGCAGAUUUGGCCAGGGUGACUCCACUGGAUACGCUGUCUUUAAUCUUGAUGGGAGUUAUGGAGAGAACGUCAGCCUCUCCAUGUUUGUCCGAACACAUCGGCCAUCAGGCUUACUCCUGGCUUUGGAAAACAGCACAUAUCAGUACGUCCGCGUCUGGCUAGAGCAUGGCAGGCUAGCAAUGCAGACUCCACGCUCUCCCAAAGUAGUGGGCAAAUUUGUUCUUAGUGAUGGAAAUGUCCACUUGAUAUCUUUGAAAUUCAGAUCAAACAAAAUUGAACUGUAUCAGUCUUCACAUUACCUAGGAUUUAUUUCUGUUCCCACAUGGAAGAUCCAAAGAGGAGAUGUUAUCUAUGUUGGAGGCCUGCCUCAGAGGCAGGACACUGAAGUUAAUGGUGGGUUCUUCAAAGGCUGUAUCCAAGAUAUAAGACUAAACAACCAGAAUCUGGAUUUCUUCCCAAAUUCGGCAAACAAUGUAUCCUACAAUCUAAUCCUUGUCAAUGUGACCCAAGGCUGUCCUGGAGACAACAUCUGCAAGUGCAGCCCCUGUCACAACGGGGGUGUUUGCUACUCCCUGUGGGAUGACUUCUCCUGCUCCUGCCCUGCAAACACAGCUGGGAAAGCCUGUGAGGAAGUUCAGUGGUGUGAACUCAGCCCGUGUCCUCCUGGAACCCAGUGCCAGCGGGUGCCUCAAGGAUUUGAAUGUACUGCAAAUGCUGUUUUCAAUGGACAAAGCAGUGAAAUAUUAUUCAGAAGCAAUGGGAAUAUUACCAGAGAUCUCACCAAUAUCACAUUUGGUUUCAGAACAAGGGAUACAAAUGUGAUAAUAUUACAUGCAGUAAAAGAGCCUGCUUUUGUUAAUGUUAGCAUUCAAGAUUCCAGAUUAUUCUUUCAACUGCAAAGUGGCAACAGUUUUUCUGUGCUGAGUCUGACAAGCUUGCAGUCAGUGAACGAUGGCACAUGGCACCAAGUGACUCUUUCCAUGACAGACCCACUAGCCCAAGCCUCCAGGUGGCAAAUGGAAGUGGACAACCAAACACCUUUUGUGACCAGUGCAAUUGCUACUGGAAGCCUCAACUUUUUGAAGGAUAAUACAGACAUUUAUGUGGGUGACCGAGCCAUUGACAAUAGGAAGGGUCUGCAAGGGUGUCUAAGUACAAUAGAAAUUGGAGGCAUUUACCUCUCUUACUUCGAAAAUGUUCGUGGUUUUACUAAUAAACCUCAGGAAGAGCAGUUUCUCAAAAUCUCUUCAAAUUCAGUGGUUCCUGGCUGUUUGCAGUUAAAUGCCUGCAACUCCAACCCCUGUUUGCAUGGAGGAAAUUGUGACGACAUCUACAGCUCUUAUCACUGCUCCUGUCCCUUGGGAUGGUCAGGGACACACUGUGAAUUCAACAUUGAUGAAUGCUUUUCAAAUCCCUGUAUCCAUGGCAACUGCUCUGACAGAGUUGCAGCCUACCACUGCAGAUGUGAGCCUGGAUACACUGGUGUGAACUGUGAAGUGUUUAUAGACAAUUGCCGGAGUCACCAGUGUGCAAAUGGGGCCACCUGCAUUAGUGACACUAACGGCUAUUCUUGCCUCUGUUUUGGAAAUUUUACAGGGAAAUUUUGCAGACACAGCAGAUUACCCUCAACAGUCUGUGGGAAUGAGAAGACAAAUCUCACUUGCUACAAUGGAGGCAACUGCACAGAGUUCCAGGAUGAAUUAAAAUGCACGUGCCAGCCAGGUUUUACUGGAGAACGGUGUGAAAAGGACAUUGAUGAGUGUGCCUCUGAUCCGUGCUUCCACGGAGGCCUGUGCCAGGACUUGGUCAACAAAUUCCAGUGCCUCUGUGAUGUCGCCUUUGCGGGCGAGCGCUGCGAGGUGGACGUAAGCGGCCUGUCCUUUUAUGUCUCUCUCUUACUCUGGCAGAAUCUCUUUCAGCUUCUCUCUUAUCUCAUUCUGCGCAUGAAUGACGAUCCAGUUGUUGAGUGGGGUGAGCAGGAAGAUUAUUGACAUAGUCUGAACAGCCCCAAAUUUAUUAAAAGCCAUUGAAUUUCAA